AUGCGUUCCAAUUCCCGUUUCCAUCAACUUGAAAAACAAAAAAAUGCAGGCUACGGUGCUCCUCCCGGCGCCUAUCCUGGUUAUCCCGGUGGCCCUCCUCCAGCGGGUUACCCUGGUGGCCCGCCGCCCGCUGGCUACCCUGCUGGCUACCCUGCCCCCGGCUACCCCGGCUAUGGCGCGCCUCCGCCUGGCGCCCAUCCCCCUGGCGCGUACGGCGCUCCUCCUCCGGGAGCCUAUGGCGCUCCGCCGCCUGGUGCGUACGGCGCCCCUCCGCCUGGCGCUUACGGCGCACCCCCUGGAGCGUACGUCGUCCCUCACGGCGCCCCUCCUGGCGCUUAUGGCGUUCCUCCCCACGGCGUUGUCGUGACCCCUGCUCAUUACCCCGGCGCAACGGUUGUGCACACCAGCCACGGCUACGGCUACCACGGCAAGCACAAGCACAAGCACAAGGGCUUCAAGCUCAAGUUCAAGCGUGGCUUCAAGCACAAGUUUGGCAAGUUCAAGAGGCACAAGUUUGGCAAGUUCAAGUAA